UUGAAGCCAAUUAAGAAAGAAAAGCCAGAAGAAGAAAAGCCAGAAGUUACAUUAAAACCUAUCAAACGUCUUCCUAAGGAAGAAGAAGAAAAACCGGAGGAAGUUGUACUGAAACCUGUGAGACGACUGCCUAAGGAAGAAGAAGAAAAGGAAGAGGUAAAGUUGAAGCCAAUUAAGAAAGAAAAACCAGAGGAAGAAAAGCCAGAAGUUACACUAAAACCUGUCAAACGUCUUCCUAAGGAAGAAGAAGAAAAACCGGAAGAAGUUGUACUGAAACCUGUGAAACGACUGCCUAAGGAAGAAGAAGAAAAGGAAGAGGUAAAGUUGAAGCCAAUUAAGAAAGAAAAACCAGAGGAAGAAAAGCCAGAAGUUACACUAAAACCUGUCAAACGUCUUCCUAAGGAAGAAGAAGAGAAACCAGAGGAAGUUGUACUGAAACCUGUAAGACGACUGCCUAAAGAAGAAGAAGAAAAGGAAGAAGUAAAGUUGAAACCAAUUAAGAAAGAGAAACCAGAAGAAGAAAGACCAGAAGUUAAAUUGAAGCCAGUCAAGCGUUUUGAGAAACCAGAAGAGGAAAAACCUGAAGAAGUGAUAUUGAAACCUGUGAAACGUGUUCCUAAAGAAGAAGAGAAACCAGAAGAAGUUAUUUUGAAGCCUGUAGAAAAGAAGAAACCAGAGGAAAAGGAGAAGCCAGAGGUGAAACUGAAGCAAAUAAAACCUUUGGAGAAACCAGAAGAGGAAGUGAAAUUAGAACCGGUUCCAAAACCGGUUCCUGAAAAAGUCGAAGAGAAACCCGAAGAAGAGGAAAAACCAGAAACCGUAUUACCGUGGCGCCGCGGCAAAAGGACGAAGAAGGUGGUCGACUUCCGAGAAGAAGUCACUGUCGUACCGAUCGACCAGGAGAAAGUGGUUUCGGAGGAAACAACGGUCAUUGAGCAGAAAGUGGAAUCUACGGAGAUAAUCCAGGUGGAAGUUAAAGAGAUCGAAGAACAGAAACCCGAAGAGGCGCCUGCGCUUCCGUGGAGAAGAUCGAAGAAAGAAACGGCGAAAGAGGUCGUCGAGGAGAAGAUCGAAGUCGAGGAAAUCAAACCUGAAGUGGUGCGCAAGGAGGACAAAGUGGUCGAAGAAGUCGUCGAAACGGAAGUCUCUUGGAGAAAGAAACGAAAGCCAAAGAAACCAGAAGAAGAGAAGGAGGUGGUGGAACUGAAACCAAUCGAGAAACGAAGGGAAGAGUUUAUCGAGAAAGUAGAAGAAGUGGUUCUGAAACCAGUCGUAAAGGAAGAAGUGUCCGAAGUAGUAGAGGAGAAGCAUGAGAUUCGUCUUAAGCCAGUUCCUCAGAAACCGCGGGAAGAAGAAAUACCUGAAAAGGUAAUUCUGAAGCCCGUAAAGAGAGAGAAACCCGAGGAGAUACUUAAAAAAGAAGAAAUACCAGAAUUGAAACCGAUGAAAUUGGAAAAACCAGAAGAAGAAGAAGUGAAAGAAGAAACGGUAACUGAAAUGCCAUGGAGAAAACCAAAGAAGAAACCUGAACAGGUGCCUGUACCUGUUCCUGUAGAAAAGGAAGAAGUCGUCGACGAAACAGUAACCGUAGAAGAGGUCAAAGUGAAGAAGAUUAAAGACGUGGUCGCCAAGGAUGUAGUCGAGGUCGAAAAGAAAGUCGAAGAGGAAAAAGUGGAGGAGCGUAAGAGGAAACGCUAUCCGCGUACGCAGAUGGAUAUAUUGAUCACGGAUAAAGACAAGAAGAUCGCUCCGAGAUUCAUUCAGAAAUUACAGCCGGUUAUCGUGCAACCGGAAACAACCGCGAAAUUCACGUGCACAGUUUUUGGCAAUCCAUUCCCGGAAAUUACAUGGUACAGAAACGAGCAGGAGCUUCACGCCAGCGAGAAGUAUAUAAUGACCAUCUACGAGACGACCGCCUCUUUGGAAAUAGCCAAGGUGAAGGAGGAGGACGCCGGCAUGUAUUCCUGCAGAGCGUCGAAUCCUGCUGGAGUAGCCACGUCCACCGUGAAUCUCGUGAUAUUCGAAAAAGAGGAAGAAGGCGUAGCGCCACACUUCGCGACACCCAUUAAACCUCUUAUGGUGGAAGAGCACCAACCAGCUGUGCUCGAGUGCGUGGUCACUGGAACACCAAUGCCGGAAGUGAAGUGGUACCGCGGGGAGCAAGAGCUGAAGCCGCGAAAGGGCAGAGAGAUCACUUUCAAUCCCGAGACUGGCGAAGCGAAAUUGCACAUACUGCAGCCGACCGAGGAGGACGAGACGAUUUAUCGCGUUCGAGCUGUGAAUAAAUUCGGCCGAGCCGAGUGCAGAGCGAACUUAGUGAUCAGUAACGUGGUGAAGGUCAGUAAACCGGAAGUUCUACGAGCACCAAAGAUCACCAGACCCCUGCCAGCUUUGGUGGCCGAACUUGGAAAACCGUUGACCUUGUCGGCCGAUUUCGAGAGCAAACCAACGCCGGAAGUGAAAUGGUUCCGCAAUGGGGCCGAGAUCAUCCCGUCCGACAAACGCGUGAUUAAUAUAUACGAAAGUACUGCUGAACUGCAUAUUCCCGAAGUGACGAAGAAAGAUGGCGGCAAGUACGAGGUUAGGGUUCAAAAUCCUGUCGGAGAGGCGAGAAGUUCAGGAUCUGUUACGGUGAGGGAACGCGAGGACAAGACGGACGAGGUGAAAGCACCGAGAUUCGUCGAGCCGCUACAACCACAGAUCGUUGCCGAGGGAGAGGUCGUGAUCAUGGAAACGCGUGUCGAAUCCUAUCCGACAGCCUCGUUCCAGUGGUUCCACGAGACCCGCCCUCUGGAGUCCACGCCGCAGGUGAGAAUCGUGACACAGGAGAACAGAUCGAUCCUCAUGAUCAAGGAGAUCAAGCCAGAGUUCGCGGGCACGUACACCUGUCGCGCCGAAAACGUUGGCGGUUCGGUCACCUGCACGGCGACAAUAAAUCUGUUGGAAACACCGUGGGAAGAAACGGUGGAGCUUGUUUCACCGACGUUUGUCAAACGAUUGUCACCGGUCAAGGUCAUGGAUGGCGAAAGCGCGAACCUGACGUGCGUCGUUCAAGGAAAGCCUACACCCAGAGUCGAAUGGUAUCACGAUAACAAACCGAUCAAAGAAGGCAAGGAGAUCACUAUUGUUCAAGACACGGAAGGUGUCUGCAGCUUGGCUAUAACCGAAGUGUUCCCGGAAGAUGCUGGAGAAUACACUUGUCGUGCCGUGAAUCCUGUUGGCGAGGCCGUUUGCACGUCGUCGCUUGUCGUGGAAGCAUACGAGUACGUACCGGAUUCGGAGAUUGCAUCCUCGAUCAUUGCGACGUCUCUUACUACAGGGCAAAGUGGUUCUGAAGAGGAUCUCUUAUCUCCCAAGAUUGGAAGUGAAGGUUAGAGGGAAACCGAAGCCAGAAGGAAAAUGGUACAAGCAGGGUCAAGAGAUCAUGCCGUCGGAAGAAUUCCAAAUCGAGGAAUUCGAGGAUGGCACGUCGAUAUUGACGAUCGCCGAAACUUAUCCCGACGAUAUGGGUGAGAUUGUGUUCGAAGUACACAAUCCGCUCGGCGUGUCGACAACGACGACAUAUCUGUCGGUAGAAGGAAUCGUGGGGACGAAGGAAUACAGGAAACCGUCGUGGGUGAUUCACAUGGAGGAGAUGCAAGAAGCUCUGAAAGGUAAGAGUCGCCAGUCGCAGGCGAUCGAUUGCAUGCUGAGUGAAGCGGAGUGCAGCUUCUCCACGGACAGCCUGGACGAUCGCGCCAUUAGGGACGAAAGUUCUCAAAGAGACAGCUCGACGAUGAUCAGCGAAUUCUCGUCGACGAGAACUUUGAUGAACAUCGACGACGAAGGUAAGAGAUGCUCCGAGGAGGAAGACUCCUCUCCGAAGGGCUUCUUCUUGUCCAGAAGAUUCUCAGACUCCGUGGAUAUCGAACAAGGGAUCACUAGCACGGAAUAUUCCUGCGAGAUGAGCACGUCGAACAGAGAAACGAUUCUCGAUCAAAAGGGAACCACUUUCACAAAAAAUACUGGAAAUAUCCCCGAAUCGAAAUAUAACGAGAAAUACGAGAUGAAAACCGAACAAAAGACGAGAUGCGAGAAGUCGAGUAAAGUGGUGGGAAAGAAGAAAUUAGAGAGUUCAGAGGAGAGAAGCGUAACGACAAAAUUGCUUUCGACGAGUAAACGAGAUGGAAGUGGCACGAGUAAGUCUUCCAAUGUGCAAACGGUGAAAUUGUCGAGGUCAUCGACGUUUGACAAGUCGACCUCGCCAAUGAGGGGAACCACUGUGAAAGUUAGAUCUUCGUCUCCGGUCCUGGCGACGAAAUGCUCGAAGGUCAACGAAUCUACCUCAAUGGAUGAGAAACAGAGGAAAGUAACAUGUAAAUCGAACUCUCCUUCGCCAACUAGAUUGGACAAAUCGAAACUGAUGAAAUCCAGCGACAAAUUAGUUGCGACCAAACCGAUGAAAAGUGUCAAAUCGAAAGAAGAGGCGCGUGUACUUGACACGAGUGAAAGUAACGAAGCUGUAAGCAAAACAGUGGAGAAUAUCGAUGAAGUAACGAUAGAAAACGAGUCUAAGAUGGAAUUGUUAAAAACUCAAAGAAGAAAGAAGAUCGUGUUGGACUUCGAUGAGUUUCCACCUCCGACAACUGAACAGAAAAAAAGUUGUGCCCAUUCUGAUCAUUUGAACGUCCCUGAAACCGGUGUUUACCUGUCGCCUAUUGAAGAGAACAGCGAAGCUUCGACCGGAAGUGGACAGAAUAAAUUCGUCACUGGCCAUUACGCAGGUGGAAAGACGAUAGAAACUAGGAUGGAGUACGAUCACGCGAGGAAGUAUCACACUUAUCCGAAAUCUAGAAUUCCAGUAGCCAGAUGGUCGAAGGAACGACGUUAUGGGAACUUGAUGAUAGAUCCGAAAAUGUACCCUUUGGAGCCGAGAGAAAUCGAUUUGGACGCCUUUCAACAACUGCACACUGCAGACAGUCAAGAGGAGUUGCAGGAAUUUUUAUUAUUGGAGAGUCAAUGUAGCGGAAACCUUGGACUAGCUGGAAACAUGUCGGCGUCCGAGGUUUCGUGCAAUGAGCAUCACAGCGAGGACGAAAGAGGCACCAUGUCAGCCACGCAAUCUGUACCACGAUUCAUUCAAGAGAUGACCGACGUUUAUGCAAGGGAAGGUGAAACCGCGAUUUUCGAAUGCUCGUACUCUGGCAAUCCUGCUCCAGAUGUCGUGUGGUACAAGAAUGACAAGAUGAUCGCCAAUACCUCGAACGUGAAAAUUCGCAUCUUUGAUGAGGAGAAAAAGACAGCGUUGAUAAUUAAACACGCAACCGAAGAAGACGACGCCGUUUAUGUGUGCAAAGCUACCAGCGAGAUAGGUUUGGCAACGACGAAAGCUAAACUACGCGUAACAGACAUAACGGGUGAGAGACAAUUCUUCGACGAAGAAGAGGUUGUCGAAGAGCAGGUGAUUGAAGUCAAACCUAAGGAAAAACCGCACAAAAAGAAGAAGCCUGAACUGAAGAAGGCUAAAGAAACGAAGGAGAAGGUGAAAGCUGAACGCGUGAAGAUAGACAAAAAGGAAGUGCACAAAGAGAAGCUGGUUCCCAAGGAACAGCCGGAGGAAAAGUAUCGCAAGCAAAGAAGGUGGUGCCAGUUCAGGAGCCACUGAUGACAGAAGCAAUCGCGUCGCUGAAGAAAAUCGACGAUCAGAAGACCCGCGAGGUAGUACCGAGGCCUGAGGAACGUGCGAAACGGGUGGUGGAGGAGCGCGAAGGAGUGGUUGUCGUCUCGGAAGUAGCCACGGAAGACAUAGCGCGAGAUUUCACGGUGGAAUCGGUGGUCGAUCGCGCUCAAAUCACGUCGGAGACUUUAGAGACCGUCUCUGUGACUGAGGUGCACACUGAGGCCAGCGUGCAGGAGAUGAAACGAAUUGACACGAAGCAGCGAAAGGCAAAGAAAACGGUGGUAACCGAGGAACAGAUAUUCGAAGAGAAGCCCAGAGAGGUGAUCACCGAGGAGAAACCGAAAAAGAAGAAGAAAGACAGGGUGAAGGUGACCAUCGAGGAGAUCGUGGAAAGACAGCGAGAGAACAUCGCGAGGGAGGUGGAGGAGAUCAUGGAGACGCUUCACGCGAAAGAAUUCGGACCUGGAGAAGCACCUCUUCGCGAGUUGGCUACCAUCGGCUUUCUAGUGCGCCAAGGAGUCUCCGUGAACGAGAUAAACGAGAGCUUGUACAGAACGGACAACUUCCCUGCGCUGAAAACCCCCGAGGCUCAGAACGCGCUGGUUCAGCUGGUGGAAAGGGAAGGUCACGGCCCGUUGAUCACGCAGGUUCUGACAGAGGAAACGACCACCGACGAAAGUGUAGUGGCUGCUACCGUUGGCUUCCGUGCUUUCAUGAGAAUGAUCGAGCUGCAACACGUCACCGUGGAGGAGGUGCUCACGCACUUUGCCCCGGAGGACUUCCGGCCGCGUGCUUGGGAGGUUACAGAAGCUACGGAAAAUACGAGGACACACGGCAGGCACACACGACACUGCACGAACGAAAAGUAACAAAACCGAAGGAACAGAUCGAGGAGAGAAAGGAAGAUAGGGACGAGGGGGUUCAGGUUGUAGAGAUCGAAGAGAUCGAAGAGACCGAAAAGGAGAGGAAGAAGAGAAAGGACGUGGAAGAGACCGAGGAAGAGAUCGAAACGGUUAUUAUUGAAACAGACUCGAGGGGCAGACUGACUCAGAAACAAAAGAAACACGAUGAUUUAGAAAAACAAGUAGAUGAAGAGGAAGAGGAGGAAAUUAUAGAGAAAGUGAGGAAAGAAUUAAAACCUAAACGACCGAAGAUUGGUCAGGACGAGGUUGAGCUGGAAGAGAUCGAAGAGUUCGAAAUUACCAGAGACAAGUCUAUGCUUUCGAUCGUGUUGAAUGUUCCUAGCCAACGGCAUCAAGUGGUGCCUUUAGAUCGUACCAUAGAACAGGCACCUGGGAAACCAGAACUAGAGAAAGCUAAAUUAACCAUGGACACCAUUACGCCGUUGACCGAGCAAUUGGUUCCCAUCCAGGAGAAAGAAAUCGACGAUAUAACUCGCGUUAAGCCGAUCGAACGCAAAGCAUCCUUGUCUAUUUCACCAGUAGAACCUUAUUCUACUACCGAGACAACUGUUCAAGCUUCCACCGGGGAAUUCGCCGACACGUUCAAGCCUACGUCGUACGAGGCAACGCCAGGUUUCGUUCCAUCCGAGGGUUUGGUCGUCAGCGAGACUUUGACCAACGACGCUGGUCUGUCUACUUUGACCAUAGACAAACAGGAAAUCAGUCGAACUGCGGACAUUAGCGUGACUGUUCAAGAAGCUACCACCGUGUACGAGACCAUGGUAAGUCAGAAGGAAGCUCCGGCAGAAGAUUUCGUCUCGCCGUUGACGGCCAAAGCGGAAGACACUGUUCUACCUCAAGUAGGGCUGUCAGUCUACGAAGUUCAAGAAGGUCUGUCGGAAGACAAGUUGGAACCAUUGAAAACUGUGCCAACGAAACCGAGAGUGAACGUAACAGCGGUCGAGCCACUGGUCGUUGAGGAAGUUCGAGCAGAGGACAAACCAGGAAAGUAUUACCCAGAGCUAGUAGUCCCUACGGAAAUUGCCACGGAGACUGUGAUUCCCCAACGCCAGCGAGUCACGGAGGAAACACACGCACCUGAGAAGGAAGGUGAAUACGUGCCAGGAAGAUUACCGUCCGGUCAGAGAGCUCAGAUCGGAAUCUCCUACGGGAACGAAAUAGCAAUUGUCCAGCAGAACGUUGUUCAGGAGAGCGAAGGGCUGUUUGUUUCUGAAAAGAAAACCGAUACGUUCGAGGCUACGUCGAACAUGACACUGUUAGAAGGAGUUUCUGUGUCCACGGUCCAAACGCAAGAUACGGAAACCCACUUGACGAUCGAAGAAACAAAGACGGCUGUGGCUGAUUUGAACGUCGUCGAAAUCGCAUCGGCCAUGACUGUGGAGACUGUCCCAUCUGAGAAGGAGAAAGAGUAUCAACCAGGAGAUAAACCAGCUACAAAGACAGCUGAGACGUCGAUAUCUUCGUUGGAAGUUGGCUCUGUCGCGAGCACACUCGUUCAAGAAUCUGAGGGUAUCUAUCAUCCGGACCAGAAGCCAACCAAGGUAUUAGCGGAAACUUCGAUCAGACCCGAGGAACACGUGAUGAUAUCGGAAAUCCAGACAGCGGAUUAUCCGUCGGAUUUCAAGGAGGAAUUGAAGUACGUGGAAGAAAGUGGAACCGUGGCUGUGCAACUGACCGAGGCUAAGACGGUGCAAGAGACCAUGAUCCACGACCGUGAAGCGAAAAUGGAAGAAGUAGCGAAACCAGAGGAACGAGUAGUAGAAUCUAGUUACGACGCGAUUAGAAGUGUAGAGGUAUUCCAGACCACGUCCAUAGAGAAGGAGGCUGAUCUCAAGAUCUUCGAGAUGCCAGAAUCUCAUCGUGGAAAGACAGUGCCCGCUCAUCCCGUGGUUUCGUUAGAAGUUGAGAUGACUCAGCCGGAGGAUAAUUUGGGCGUUAUCAAGGAAGAAGUUCCAUCUUCUGGUGUCGCAAAGGUCGAACCAAUCGGAUUGCAGGGUACUGUAGUAGGAGAGACAAUCGUGGCAGAAGACGUGGCACCUGUCGAAAAGGACAAAGCACCUGAAUCGAAGAUGGCUGAAGUUACAAUGAACGAGAUAGAGAGCGUGCAUACCACUAUGGUGAUCACUAGUGAAAAAGAAGCCGAGUAUACGCAGAUUUCUGAAGUUAAGGGAGCGUAUGCCAGCACAGAGUUCACCACGAAAGUCGCUCCGGUGUUCGAGGAAGUCAGAACUCAUUCGCCAACGGGGGAAUACGUGCCUGAAGAGAAACCAGCUUCCGGCGUGGCUGAAUCGUCGCACGUUCCACUGGAGAGCGUAACUGUAGCCAUGCAACAGGUAGCAGAGAAAGAAGAUUUGUACAAAACCGACGUACAACCGGACCAGAAGACAGCGAUUGUGGAAUUGACCGAACCCAGACCCGGUCCAACUGUCACGGAGAUUAUUCCUCACGAUCGCGAAAACGUUUACAGCCCUGACGCGAGACCACAAGAUUACACUGCUCAGAUGUUAGUGUCCAGUCACACGGUUGCGUUGAAGUCAGAGACUUUGGCAGAGCAAAGCACCGCUGAGAUGAGCAUCGACAAACCAAAGUCCGGAAAGGCUAUUCCGCAAAGAGACGCUUUGGAGGAAUUGAUCGUCACGGAGACGACUAUCGCUGAAACGGAGAAAACUCGAGAAGCAGAUGUACUGCCAACCACUCAGAGUGCCGACGUUGAGAUCCAGACGAAGACUGAGAAACUGACAGUGACUGAGGUAACCAGUGUCCAGAAAGAGGAGAAGUUGGAAGUGGAAGAGAUACCGAAAGAGCGAAAGGUUACUCUAGGAAUCGCCGGAGGUCACGAGGUCGCUGAAUUAGAGGAGACAAUUCUCGCGAGCAACGUGGAUAUUCUGAAUGAAGAAAAAGCAAAGGAAGAACGUGCUAGUCAGCAACAAAGUGGGCUGGAAAUCGUCGAACAAACAGAGGUAUCUGUCUCUGAGAAAGAAUCUCCUCUUCAGGAGGAUGUGAAACCUGACACUAAGAACGUUGAGGUCACUUUUGAAGAAGGUCAAAGUAUAGUAGUAGGUAUGACGUAUCCGGAAGAUAAAGAAGGAGUUUUCACUGGAGAGGAGAGACCUAAAGGCGUGGAAGCUACGGUAGACGUCGUCACUCAAGGAGUGGCGUCUAAAUUCGAGAUCCUGAGUGACAUAGAUCUGAGCGAUUUACCGCGCGAUACUGUUCAGGAAAUGAAACCAAAGACCACGGUGCUACCUAUCGAAGCCGCGGUUGCUGAAGAGGUGCAGACUAGAGAGACAGAAGCGCCAUUCAGCGAGAUUAAACCUUCCGAUAAGAAAGCGAAUCUUGAGUUCGUGACUGGUGAAGGUUUGAUUGUGUCGGCAGUUACUACCGAAGACAAAGAAAGUCUGCUUCCAAAAGCUGAGAAACCAGAGACCAAAUCAGCUAGCUUCGACAUUCCGACGCACACUGUAGCUCAAACUAGCGAGACCACCACGACAGAUAAUAUAGGCGAAUUUAAACGCGAGGAAGCGCCCGCGGCAACAGCUACGACGGAUCAUAUCACUUUCCACAGUUUAAUUGCCUCCGAGACUGCUCCUGGUGAUCUGGAGAAGCCUAUGGAAGAUUUUGUUCAACCAGACAAGAAAGUGGUAGACGUUUCAUUCCAGGAAGAGGAAGGAGUCACGGUGAUCGAGACGAUUGCUUCGGACAAGGAGAGGGAGUACUUCGAGAGGCUGGAGAUCCAUGGUGAACAAGCGACACCUAGUUUCGAUGCUCACAAAGUGGCUCAACUGACAGAGAUCAAUCCAGCUGCUGUUUCCGGAGACUUGACUGUACCCAUACCAACUACAGUCGCAGCCAAAGAAGAACGAUUACCAUUCGAGAGCAUCGUUCAAACCGAGACUAUUGUGUCUGAAACAGAGAAAGAGUUCAAAGAUAAACCUGUCAUCACCAACAAAGCCGAAGUGUCUGUCAGCGAAAUCAUCAGCGCUACCACCACUACCGAGAUCCCAGCCGACAAGGAGGACAUUCUUCAGAUUCCUGAGAAACCGGCUGAAAAACAGGCUAGCGUUCAGUUUGCUGGACAUAUAAUUGCCGAGAAGACUGAAAUCACCGUUGACUCGAGUGCUGGAAACUUGGAAGAGGUGAAGCCAGCUUCCGCAUCAGCAGUGCCAUCUAGCAUCCCCCUGGAAGCUCUAAUUAGCUCAGAAACUCAACCAACUGAGACUGAAGGGUCGCUCGACAAGGAUAAAGCGCCAUUGCGAGCUCUGGCUGACUUGUCCGUGGUGGAGGAACAGAGUGUACAAGUAUCAGCUGUGAUUUUAGAGGACAAAGAGGAAGAAUACAAGUCCAAAGAGUUGCCAGAGAUGAAAACCGCUGGAAAGAGUUUGGUUUCUGGCCACGUGGUCGCGGAAACAAUCGUGCAAGUCGUAGAUUUCAGUACAGGGGAAUUUGUCGAAGAAAAACCAUCAGGCGCCACUGCAGUCCCAGAACACGUUCCGUUUAUCCCGUUGAUUGAAUCUCAGACUGUCGUGCAGGAAAGUGAGGACAAAUUCAUACCAGGACAAUUGCCAGAGGAUAAGAGAGCUGUCGUAGAUCUUGAGGAAGGUAGAAAGAUCGUGACUGUGUCCCAAGUAACUCCCGCGGACAAAGAAUCUUUAUACGUCGCUGAAGAACAACCAUCUAAACGUGCAGCUUCCGUUGAACUGGACACCACACACGCAAUUGCUGAAACUACCACGGUCUCUGUCGAAGAUUCGGUGGCAGAAGUGAGGAUUGAGAGACCAGACACCAAAAAGGCGCUGCCUAGUCAAGAAGUGUAUCAAAGCGUGCAAGUCAGCCAGGACAUCGUUCAGGAUCAAGAGAACAUCUUCGAAGGAAAAUUCAAGCCAGAUGUUCAGAAGGUGGAAGUUUCGAUCGAAGAGGGUAAACGCGUGACCACUGUCAUCGAAGUGAGCGCAGCGGAUAAAGAGGAGGUGUUAAGAACCGUACAGGAAGAGAGAACGCGAUCGGCAGUGCCAGCUAUCGUAUCUGGUCACGAAGUAGCGGAGAGAUCGGAGAUCAUUCCACACUUGAGUACUGGAGAGAUGAACAUCGUUAAACCUGCAACAGCAACAGCACAGGUAGGCCAGAAGCCGUUCGAGACGAUAGAAACGACGGAACAAAUCCUGGCGGAGAAAGAAGUAGACAAGAUCGAAGAACUAUCGAUGCAGAAAACCAGCGCGCAUGUCACGAUAGACGAGAACAGGUUUAUCGCUGUGACUGAAGCAACCACAGCUCAGGAUGUUGAAACAGAAUUGUCAGCCAUGAGGAAACCUCGCGAAGAAAUGGCAAAGCCAGCAAUGGAGGGCAAAGAAGUCGCCGAACAGAUGGAAGUGUGUCUGAAGGAAGGGCUUGGAGAUCUUCCCGAAGCGCCGAAAGCAACGGCCUUCGAAGCUCAUCUUACUCAAACGACGUUGGAGAGCGUUGACAUCAGUGAGACAGUCCCGCAGGAACAUGGCGCGAUAUUCGAGGAGAAGAUGAAACUGGACGAACGAAGCGCGAAAGUAAGCUUCGUGGAAGGAAAGAGCGUCAUGGUUUCUCAGGUGAUCACUCAGGAUAAGGAGGACACUAUGAAAAUACAGAAACGGGAAGAAAGCACUGCUGAGGUGACUCUGACAAGAGUUGGAAUGGACGUGGCGCAGAAGGCUCAAGUGUUCGCCGAUCAAAGCACCGGAGAUGUUCAGCCGUUAGAAAAACACGAGGUGAAAGCUCAUCCUAAACAGGAUGCCCUGGAACCAAUUAUCGUCGAAGACAUUCCAAGUGCAGAAAGCGAAGGAAUAUUCGAUAAGUACCCAAGAACAGUUUCAUCGAUCGCAGUGCCUACGUUCGAAGAGGGUCACAGUAUAUCAGUGACGGAAGUGACAUCAGCUGAAGUUGAAUCUUUGUUGAAGGAGAAGAAGUUGGAUGCUGCUCAGACAGCUAGCAGUACAAUCAUCACGGAACGUAACAUCAUCGAGACCACUCAAGUCGAGUCUCAAGUUAAUAUACCAGAUAAGAGCGAGCGUACGUUCGAAGGUGUGUUCAAACCUCAGACUCAAAGAGCAGACGUAGAUGUGCAGAAAAUGACACCUCUUCAAGUGUCAGAGACUGUUACCGAGGACAAGGAAAGUAUUUUCGACGUUGUGCCUAAGAGAGAAGGCGUUACAGCUACCCAAGAUAUCAGCCUUCAUGAAACUGUAGUUGGAUCCUUGGUGGAGAGUGUUCAGAGUAUUCAAGAAAUUCACGAAGAGAAACGAGUGUCUUCUCAAGCCACCAUGACCCAGACUGUCAUAGAGACAGCUAUUAAGGUUGAGACGACAGCUGGUGAACGUGAAGAGACAUUCGAAGGGAGGUUUAAGCCUGAAGAACAGAAAGGAAAACCUCAAAUGGAAGGACUUACUACCGUUACUGUUACCGAAAUAGUUUCCAACGAAAUUGAAGAUGUCCUGCCUGCAGCUAUUGCUCCUAAGGAACAGUUGGCUCAGCCUAGUUUGACUGGCAGAGAAGUUCCCGAGGUGACGCAAAUAAUCACUGGAGCGACUACCGAAGAAUUCGAGAAAGUAACUCAAAUGAAGGAACAACAAGGUAAACUGGAAGUGGAAGAACUGACUUCGGUGACGAUCUCCGAGAUAAUUUCCAACGAAACGGAAGAUGUAUUCACUACCAAGUUCGUACCCAAAGAUCAGAAGGCAGACUUUAAUGUUCUAGGCCGAGAGGCAGCAGAAACAUCCCAAGUGACAACCAUAGCUGAAACUGAAGAUCUUACGGUGGAACGUCCUGAGGAACAGAAAGGAAAACCAAAAUUGGAGGAGCUCACUCCGCUCACAAUUUCUCACGUCAUAUCUGGAGAAGCCGAGGAAGCACUACCAACAGCUGAAGUCCUAACGGAGAAGACAGCUCAGCCUAGUCUGACAGGAAGAGACAUAGCAGAAACUAUACAGGUGUUGACUGUUGCCAGUGCAGAGGAACUCGUGGCACCUAAAGCUCCGGAAGAACAAAAAGGGAAACCUAAAUUGGACGAGCUCACUCCGCUCACAGUUUCGCACAUUGUGUCUGUAGAAGCUGAAGAAACGCUAUUAACAGCUGAGGUUCCAAAGGAGAAGACAGCUCAGCCUAGUUUGACAGGCAGAGAUGUAGCAGAGACAAUACAGGUGUUGACCGUUGCCAGUGCAGAGGAACUUGCAGCACCGAAAGCUCCAGAAGGACAGAAAGGAAUGCCACAAAUCGAGGAAUUGGCUCCUUUGACAGUUUCACAGGUGAUCUCUCAAGAAGCGGAAGAAGCACUGCCUGCGCCAGAAUUUCCAGUUGAAAAAGAAGCGCAGCCAAGCAUGAUAGGCAGAGACGUGGCACAAACGAUGGAAGUUCUGACUAUGGCGAAUGUUGACACGUUAGCUGAAGACAAGAAGCCUGGAGAACAGAAAGGUGUUCCCGGUCUGGAGGAAUUUGUAUCUAUAUCGGUGUCGCAAACAGUUUCUACUGAGAUGGAAGACGUGCUACCUAGUCCUGAACUGCCUGUUGAGAAAAUGGCGCAACCAAGCCUAACAGGUCGUGAUAUAGCAGAAACUACUCAAAUUUUGACAAUGAUGGCUGCACAAGAGCUAAUGGCUGACCGAGCACCAGAGCAAUAUAAAGGAAAACCAAAUGUAGAAGAGCUCGUUUCUAUUACUGUUUCUCAGACGGUUUCACACGAGACUGAAGAGACAUUAGAGAAGCAAACAGCACCUAGUUCAGUGAUUGCUAAACCAGCUCUUACGGGAAGAGAAGUCGCUGAAAUCAGUCAAGUUUUAACUGUGACGAGCGUAGAAGAAUUAGAAAAGGACGUAUUACCUGAAGAGCAGAAAGGAAGACCAAGCUUGGACGAAUUGACAUCUAUAACAGUCUCUCAAGUAGUGUCCAGUGAAUUGGAAGAUACGCUGCCGUCUCCUGAAAAACCAAAUGAGAAGAUUGCUCAACCGCAAAUGACUGCUAGAGAGAUAGCUGAGAAAACUGAAGUUUUGACUGUGACAAGUGUAGAAGAAUUAGAAAAGACUGUACUACCUGAAGAACAGAAAGGGAAAACAAGUUUGGACGAAUUGACAUCAUUAACAGUUUCUCAAGUGGUGUCCAACGAAUUGGAAGACAUUCUACCGUCUCCCGAGAAACCAAGUGAGAAAAUUGCUCAACCGCAGAUGACUGGUAGAGAGAUAGCUGAGAAGACUGAAAUCUUGACUGUGACGACUGUAGAGGAACUAGAAAAGUCCAUAUUACCCGAAGAACAAAAAGGAAAACCAACCUUGGAUGAACUGACAUCAAUUACAGUUUCUCAGGUAGUAUCCAAUGAAUUGGAAGAUACUCUACCGUCUCCUGAAAAACCAAGUGAGAAGAUUGCUCAACCACAGAUGACUAGUAGAGAGAUAGCUGAAAAGACUGAAGUCUUGACUGUGACGAAUGUAGAGGAAUUAGAAAAACCCAUAUUACCCGAAGAACAAAAAGGAAAACCAACCUUGGACGAAUUGACAUCAAUUACAGUUUCGCAAGUUGUUUCUAGCGAAUUAGAAGAUACUUUGCCAUCUCCUGAGAAACCAAGUGAGAAGAUUGCUCAACCACAGAUGACUGGUAGAGAAAUAGCAGAGAAAACCGAAGUCUUGACUGUGACCAGUGUGGAAGAAUUGGAGAAGCCUACAUUACCCGAAGAACAGAAAGGAAAGCCAACAUUGGACGAAUUGACAUCAAUUACAGUUUCCCAAAUUGUUUCUAGCGAAUUGGAGGGUACUUUGCCAUCUCCUGAGAAACCAAGUGAAAAAAUUGCUCAACCACAGAUGACUGGUAGAGAAAUAGCAGAGAAAACCGAAGUCUUGACUGUAGCCAGUGUGGAAGAAUUGGAGAAGCCCACAUUACCAGAGGAACAGAAAGGAAAGCCAACAUUGGACGAACUGACAUCUAUAACAGUGUCUCAGGUGGUGUCCAACGAAUUGGAAGACACUCUACCGUCUCCCGAGAAACCAAGUGAGAAGAUUGCUCAACCACAGAUGACUAGUAGAGAGAUAGCUGAAAAGACUGAAGUCUUGACUGUGACGAGUGUAGAGGAAUUAGAAAAGCCUAUAUUACCUGAGGAACAAAAAGGAAAACCAACCUUGGACGAAUUGACAUCAAUUACAGUUUCCCAAGUUGUUUCUAGCGAAUUAGAGGAUACCUUGCCAUCUCCUGAGAAACCAAGUGAGAAGAUUGCUCAACCACAGAUGAUUGGUAGAGAGAUAGCUGAAAAAACUGAAGUAUUGACUGUGACGAGUGUAGAGGAAUUAGAAAAGCCCACAUUACCCGAGGAACAGAAAGGAAAGCCGAUAUUGGACGAACUGACGUCUAUAACAGUGUCUCAGGUGGUGUCCAACGAAUUGGAAGAUACUCUACCGUCUCCCGAGAAACCAAGUGAGAAGAUUGCUCAACCACAGAUGAUUGGUAGAGAGAUAGCUGAAAAAACUGAAGUAUUGACUGUGACGAGUGUAGAGGAAUUAGAAAAGCCCACAUUACCCGAGGAACAGAAAGGAAAGCCAACAUUAGAUGAACUGAUGUCAAUUACAGUUUCCCAAGUUGUUUCUAACGAAUUAGAGGAUACUUUACCAUCUCCUGAGAAACCAAGUGAGAAGAUUGCUCAACCACAGAUGAUUGGCAGAGAGGUAGCAGAGAAAACCGAAGUCUUGACUGUGACGAACGUGGAAGAGUUAGAGAAAUUGGAGAAGCCUGACGGCCAGAAAGGUAAACCGGAUGUGGAAGAGCUGAGCUUCCUUACUGUUUCAGAAGUGAUAUCAACAGAAGCUGAGAAAGAAUUACCAGCUCCAGAAGCUCCCAAAGAACGCAAAGCUCUUCCGCAGUUGGACAGCAUUGAAGUUGCAGAAACAUCAGAAGUCUUAACUAUGACCAGCGCCCAAGAACUUCCUAAACCAAAAGCACCGGAGGAACAAAAAGGAAUGCCUCAACUGGAAGAAUUGCUGCCUCUGUCAGUGUCAGAAGUGGCGUUUGGUGAAUUAGAGAAGGGUCUUUCAACACCUGAUGAACCUACCACUCAAACAGCCAAACCUAGUCUCUUAGGUAUCCAAGUUGCUGAGAAAUCCCAGGUGAUCACAUCGGUCACUGCUGAAGAGUUGCAAGAAGCUACCAAACCAGAUACCAAACAAAUUGUUCCCGAACAAAUUCCAUUCGAAAGUAUAGAACAAAUGCAACCAGUGACCCAAGAGAGCGAGGAUACACUCGUGGUCGAGAAAACAGCUAAAUCGGUCAUAGCUGAGAUGUCGUUCCGCGUGUCGGAGAGCGUUGAAGUGACACAGGUGACAGCUACGGAACAAGAAUCGAAGGAAGUGAUAAAAGGCAUUGCCAAAGAAGUUUCAGCUCAACCUGACGUAAUUAAGCAUGAAGUAGCUUUGAAGACUGAGAUACAACCGGCUGAUGCGGCUGGUGAAUUUAAAGUAACUAAGCCUGAGGAAAAGAUAGCCAGAGGUGUAGAUGAGAUUCGGCAAGGUGUGAUCGUGACAGAGCCACUGAGCUCUGGUGAAACUGAGUCAGAAAUGCCCGAGUCUGCAUUACCUUUCGCGAAGUUAGCAAGCGUUACUGUCGAGGCAGAACACCUGGAACACGUUGUGGAAACUACAGAAGUACCAGCGCAACAACAUCACAUCACAAUCACACAACACACAACAAAACACGAUACGCCACAGCAAACGAUCGAAUCAGACACAGAGGUUAUCGAGGAGUACACAACGAAAUUCAGGCGCGGAAGUAAGGACGAUGAAACUGCCGCGGUUAAGACUAAGAAAACAAUCAUACGUAAGAAAAAGCCUAAGACAGAGGCCGAAGAGGACAAUGUCGUCGUCAUUGAGGAGGAACUUGAAGAUAUCAAACCGAAAGUACCAUCGAUACCGAAGAAACAGUUUAUGCCUAUCGAAGAGAUCACCACAACGAUGGAUGUUGAAGAAGUUGUGCCAACGAGAAUUGACGAGGUCGAGGAAACUCAUAAGGAAGAGGAGAAAGUUGAAGUCGAAGUAAUUCAAGUACAAGAUACUGAUCAAAAGAAGAAAGUUACCAAGAAAAUUGUACGAAAGAAAGGGAAAGCGCAAGUUACUGAGGAGACGACGGUGGAGGAAGAAGGAAGAGCUCCGGUAACAACGGCAAUCACGAAACCAAUGGAAGAAGAAGUAUCAGAGGAAGAAACAAAACCAUUGGCACCAGUAGACUACAUUACAUCUACUGAAAAAGUGGAAGAACAAGUGACAGUAACGGAAGAAGUAACAACCGAAGGAAAACCAAAGAAAGUUACUAAAAAGAAGAUAAUUAAGAGGAGAGGUAAAGAGCAACAGGUGACUGAAGUAGUUACAGUCGAAGAAGAAGGAAAAGCACCAGAGACUAGUGUCAUUGAAGGACCAGCCGAAGAAGUAGUAGAAGAGAUUGUGAAACGAUUACCAACACCACAGUAUGCCAAACCAUCGGAAGUAGAGGAGAUUAGAGAACAAGUUACAGUUAGGGAAGAAGUAACUCGAUGGGGUAAACCAAAGAAAACUACAAAGAAGAAAAUUAUUAAGCGUAAAGGACAGGAACAACAAGUGACAGAGGUGGUUAUAGUCGAAGAACAGGGUAAAACACCUGUGACAACUGUGACUGAAGGACCAGUAGAAGAAAUCGUUGAAGAAAUUAUAAAACCACUGCCUGCACCAGAACGUAUUACACCAACGGAAGUAGAGGAAGUAAGAGAGCAGGUGACAAUCACGGAAGAAGUUACCAGAGAAGGUAAACCAAAGAAGGUUAUCAAGAAAAAGAUUAUUAAACGUAAGGGUAAAGAGCAACAGGUGACUGAAGAAGUAACUGUUGAAGAAGAAGGAAAGAAACCAGAAACCACUGUUACUGAAGGACCAACGGAAGAAGUACUUGAAGAAAUAAUAAAACCACUACCUGCUCUAGAGAGAAUCAAACCAACUGAAGUGGAAGAAGUAAAAGAGCAAGUGACAGUUACUGAAGAAAUCACUAAAGAAGGUAAACCUAAGAAGGUAACAAAGAAGAAGAUUAUUAAACGCAAGGGUAAAGAACAACAAGUGACUGAAGAAGUAAUUGUUGAAGAACAAGGUAAACAGCCUGUUACAACUGUAACUGAAGGUCCUGUAGAAGAAAUAAUAGAAGAAAUUAUUAAGCCGUUACCCGCUCCAGAACGUAUCACGCCAACAGAAGUAGAAGAAGUAAAAGAACAAGUAACAGUUACAGAAGAAGUAACAAAGGAAGGCAAACCAAAGAAAAUUACCAAAAAGAAGGUGAUUAAACGUAAAGGAAAAGAACAACAAGUGACUGAAGAGAUAACUGUUGAAGAACAAGGUAAGAGACCAGUUACGACUGUAACUGAGGGUCCUGUUGAAGAAGUAGUCGAAGAAAUUAUUAAACCAUUACCUGCACCAGAAAAAGUUGUGCCCACUGAAGUUGAGGAAAUCAGGGAGCAAGUGACAGUUACCGAAGAAGUUACUAAAGAAGGUAAACCUAAGAAAGUUACUAAGAAGAAAGUUAUUAAACGCAAGGGUAAAGAGCAACAAGUGACUGAAGAGGUAACUGUUGAAGAACAAGGUAAACGUCCUGUUACAACUGUAAUUGAAAGUCCUGUAGAAGAAAUAAUAGAAGAAAUUAUUAAGCCAUUACCCGCUUCAGAACGUAUCACGCCAACAGAAGUAGAAGAAGUAAGAGAACAAGUAACAGUCACAGAAGAAAUUACACACGAAGGAAAGCCAAAGAAGGUUACUAAGAAAAAGGUUAUAAAACGUAAAGGUAAGGAACAGCAGGUGACAGAAGUUAUCACUGUGGAAGAACAAGGAAAGAGACCGAUGACUACUGUAACCGAAGGACCAGUGGAGGAGGUUGUGGAAGAAAUCAUAAAACCAUUACCAGCACCAGAGCGUAUUAAACCAACUGAAGUAGAAGAAGUCAGAGAACAAGUGACAGUCACUGAGGAGGUAACGAAAUUAGGUAAACCUAAAAAGACAACAAAGAAAAAGAUCAUUAAACGAAAGGGACAGGAACAGCAAGUAACUGAAGUUGUUACUAUUGAAGAGGAAGGAAAAGCACCGGUAACGACCGUUACUGAAGGACCAACAGAAGAGCUUGUGGAAGAAACAAUAAAAUCAUUACCUUCUCCAGAGAAAGUUAAACCAACUGAAAUAGAGGAGGUUAGAGAACAGGUGACAAUUACUGAGGAAGUUACUAAAGAAGGUAAACCUAAGAAGGUUACUAAGAAGAAGAUAAUUAAGAAGAAAGGUAAAGAACAACAGGUGACUGAAGAAGUAACUGUUGAAGAACAAGGUAAGAGACCAGUUACAACUGUAACUGAGGGUCCUAUAGAAGAAAUAAUAGAAGAAAUUAUUAAACCAUUACCUGCACCAGAAAGGAUUGUACCAACUGAAGUUGAGGAAAUCAAAGAGCAAGUGACAGUUACCGAAGAAAUUACUAGAGAAGGUAAGCCUAAGAAAAUUACCAAAAAGAAAGUCAUCAGACGCAAAGGAAAAGAGCAACAAGUCACGGAAGUGGUGACUGUUGAAGAAGAAGGAAAGAAACCAGAAACAACUGUUACUGAAGGACCAACAGAAGAAGUAGUUGAAGAAAUAAUAAAAGCACUACCUGUUCCAGAGAGAAUAAAGCCAACAGAAGUAGAAGAAGUAAGAGAACAAGUAACAGUCACAGAAGAAAUUACACACGAAGGAAGGCCUAAGAAAGUUACUAAGAAGAAGGUAAUUAAGCGUAAAGGUAAAGAACAGCAGGUCACAGAAGUUGUAACUGUUGAAGAACAAGGAAAGAAACCAAUAACCACUGUUACUGAAGGACCAGUGGAAGAAAUUGUCGAAGAAGUGAUAAAACCAUUACCUGCACCAGAGCGUAUUAAACCAACUGAAGUAGAAGAAGUCAGAGAACAAGUAACAGUCACAGAGGUAGUGACCAAAGAGGGUAAACCUAAAAAGAUUACUAAGAGAAAGGUUAUCAAACGUAAAGGUCCAGAACAAAAGGUAACAGAAACAGUAACUGUGGAGGAAGCUGGAAAAGCACCUGUAACAACGGUGACCGAAGGACCAGUAGAAGAAAUAAUAGAAGAAGUAAUAAAACCGGAAGUUAUUAAGCCGAAAGAUAUAGAAGAAGUUACUGAACAAGUUACAGUUAACGAAGAAGUAACAAGAGAAGGAAAACCAAAGAAAACUAUAAAAAAGAAAAUUAUCAAACGUAAAGGAACAGAACAACAAGUUACCGAAAUUGUUACAGUUGAAGAGAAAGGAAAAACUCCAGUCACGACAGUAAAAGAAGGUCCAAUAGAAGAAGUAGUUGAUGAAACAAUUAAACCCCUCCCAGAAUAUGCAAAACCAGGUGAAGUCGAAGAAAUUCGCGAACAAGUCACAGUUACUGAGGAAGUCACCAGAUCGGGUAAACCGAAGAAAACCAUCAAAAAGAAAAUCAUUAAACGUAAAGGCCCAAAACAACAAGUUACUGAGAUUGUGACUGUAGAAGAAGAAGGAAAAGUUCCAGUGACAAAAGUUACCGAAGGACCAGUUGAAGAAAUAAUAGAGGAAGUCACACAACCAUUGCCUGUCCCAGAACAUAUUGAACCAACUGAAGUUGAAGAAGUACGUGAACAGGUGACAGUCACAGAGGAAUUGACUAAAGAAGGUAAACCAAGAAAGACUACUAAGAAAAAGAUCAUUAAACGUAAAGGUCAAGAUCAAAAAGUCACAGAGAUAGUAACCGUUGAAGAAAAAGACAAAGCUCCAGUCAUUACUGUAAGGGAAGGACCAGUAGAAGAAGUAAUUGAAGAGACUAUCAAACCACUUCCUGCGGUAGAACGUGUGAAGCCAACUGAAGUAGAAGAGGUACGGGAGCAAGUUACAAUUACUGAAGAAAUUACGGAAGAAGGUAAACCGAAAAAGACAGUUAAGAAGAAGGUAACUAAACGUAAAGGAAAGGAACAACAGGUGACUGAAGUAGUUACUGUUGAAGAACAAGGAAAAGCUCCUGUUACUACAGUGACUGAAGGUCCAGUAGAAGAAAUCAUAGAGGAAGAAAUAAUAAAACCAUUGCCUGUAUCUGAAUAUGCGAAACCAUCUGAGGUGGAAGAAGUACGUGAACAAGUCACUGUGACACAGGAAGUGACUAAGGAAGACAAACCAAAGAAAACAACUAAAAAGAAGAUUAUCAAACGUAAAGGAAAAGAACAACAGGUUACAGAAAUUGUCACUGUUGAAGAACAAGGAAAAGCACCAGUUGUUGAAGUAACUGAAGGGCCUGUAGAAGAGGUAGUCGAAGAAAUAAUGAGACCUUUGCCAGUUACAGAGUUUGUUAAGCCGUCUGAAGUAGAAGAAAUUCGUGAACAGGUGACUGUAACACAAGAAAUAACAGAAGAAGGUAAACCUAAGAAAACUAUCAAAAAGAAGAUCGUUAAACGGAAAGGAAAGGAGCAGCAAGUUACUGAAGUGGUCACUGUUGAAGAACAAGGAAAGAGACCUGUUACAACUGUCACUGAAGGUCCAAUGGAGGAAGUGGUUGAAGAAAAGAUCAAACCACUUCCAGUACCAGAAUUCGUUAAACCAUCUGAAGUAGAGGAAGAGCGUGAACAAGUGACAGUCACAGAAGAAAUAACCAAAGAAGGCAAACCAAAGAAAAUCACUAAGAAGAAAGUCAUUAAGCGUAAAGGAAAGGAACAAAAAGUUACCGAGGUUGUCACUGUCGAAGAACAAGGCAAGGCUCCAGUCACAACAGUCACUGAAGGCCCAAUAGAACAGGUUGUGGAAGAAAUUAUAAAACCACUUCCAGGGCCAGAAUCCGUUGAGCCAUCUCAGGUAGAAGAAGUACGCGAACAAGUUACUGUAACAGAAGAAGUAACAAGAGAAGGUAAGCCAAAGAAAACAACUAAAAAGAAGAUUAUUAAACGUAAAGGAAAGGAACAACAAGUGACUGAGGUGGUAACUGUUGAAGAACAAGGAAAGAAACCAGUUACAACAGUUACUGAAGGACCAACAGAAGAAGUUGUGGAAGAAAUAAUAAAACCAUUGCCUACUUCAGAAAGAAUAAAACCUACUAAAGUUGAAGAAGUCAGGGAACAAGUGACUGUUACUGAAGAAAUAACCAAGGAAGGUAAACCCAAGAAAACAACCAAAAAGAAAAUUAUUAAACGUAAAGGAAAGGAACAACAAAUUACCGAAGUUGUCACUGUCGAAGAACAAGGAAAAGCACCAGUUACUACAGUUAACGAAGGCCCAUUAGAAGAGAUAGUAGAAGAAACAUUGAAGCCUCUUCCUGCUCCAGAAUAUGCCAAACCAGUUGAAGCUGAAGAAGUACAAGAACAAGUGACGGUUACAGAAGAAGUUACUAAGGAAGGUAAGCCUAAGAAAAUUACCAAGAAGAAGGUGAUAAAACGUAAGGGUAAAGAACAACAAGUGACUGAAGAGAUAACUGUUGAAGAACAGGGUAAACGACCUGUUACGACCGUAACUGAAGGUCCUGUAGAAGAAGUAGUCGACGAAUUCGUAAAGCCUCUUUCACUAAUAGAAAGUGUUAAACCGUCUGAAAUUGAAGAGGUUCGAGAAGAAGUUACAGUUACUCAAGAAGUGACUAACGAAGGCAAACCAAAGAAGACAACAAAGAAAAAGAUUAUAAAACGUAAAGGUAAGGAACAACAGAUAACGGAAGUUGUCACUGUCGAAGAACAAGGAAAGAGACCUAUCACAACUGUCUCUGAAGGUCCUGUCGAGGAAGUGAUCGAAGAGACAUUGAAAGCUCUGCCCGCACCAGAAUAUGCUAAACCUGGCGAAGAGGAAGAAGUACGAGAACAGGUUACAGUUACGGAAGAAGUAACACGAGAAGGUAAACCUAAGAAAGUAACCAAGAAGAAAGUCAUCAAACGUAAAGGAAAGGAACAGCAAGUGACAGAGGUCGUUACAGUCGAAGAACAAGGCAAAACACCUGUGACAAUGGUAACUGAAGGACCCACUGAAGAAUUGGUUGAAGAAAUAAUAAAACCAUUGCCCGCUCCAGAAAGGGUCAAACCAUUCGAGGAGGAAGAAGUUCGUGAACAAGUAACUGUCACUGAAGUGGUCACUAAGGAAGGUAAACCUAAGAAAGUUACAAAGAAAAAGGUUAUUAAACGCAAAGGAAGAGAACAACAAGUGUUUGAAGUAAUAACAGUUGAAGAACAAGGCAAAGUACCAGUUACAACUGUCACUGAAGGUCCAACAGAAGAAAUAUUAGAGGAAACAAUCAAGACAUUACCAGCACCAGAAUACGCCAAGCCAGGUGAGGUCGAGGAGGUUCAUGAACAAGUAACGGUUACUCAAGAAGUCACUAAAGAAGGUAAACCAAAGAAAACUACCAAAAAGAAGGUCAUUAAACGUAAGGGCAAAGAACAACAAGUUACAGAAGUCGUUACUGUUGAAGAACAAGGAGAGAGACCUGUCACGACUGUCACCGAAGGUCCAAUAGAAGAGAUAGUUGAAGAAGUGCUGAAACCACUUCCAACUCCAGAAUUUAUCAAGCCAUCAGAAGUAGAAGAAGUCCGGGAACAGGUAACUGUCACUGAGGAAGUAACCAAGGAAGGUAAACCGAAGAAGGUUACUAAAAAGAAAGUAAUCAAACGUAAAGGAAGAGAACAACAAGUAUCGGAAGUAGUAACGGUUGAAGAACAGGGCAAAGCACCAGUUACCACCGUUACCGAAGGUCCGACAGAAGAAAUCGUUGAAGAAACGAUUAAAUCAUUACCAACUCCGGAGUAUGCUAAACCAGGCGAGGAAGAAGAGGUCCAUGAACAAGUUACUGUCACACAGGAAGUCACUGAAGAAGGCAAACCGAAGAAGACCACCAAGAAGAAAGUUAUCAAACGUAAAGGUAAAGAACAACACGUGACAGAAGUUGUCACAGUUGAAGAACAAGGAAAGAGACCUGUGACAACUGUCACGGAAGGUCCCAUUGAGGAAGUGGUGGAAGAAACGGUGAAGCCAUUGCCUGUCGCGAAAUGCGUGAAACCGACAGAAGUUGAAGAAGUACGUGAGCAAGUAACUGUCACUGAAGAAAUAAGUGAGGAAGGUAAACCGAAGAAGAUCACGAAAAAGAAACUAAUCAAACGCAAAGGAAAAGAACAACAGGUGACUGAAGUUGUUACUAUAGAAGAACAAGAUAAACUUCCAGUCACAACUGUCACUGAAGGUCCUACGGAAGAAGUAAUCGAAGAAACACUGAAAGCUCUACCAGCUCCCAAAUACGCCAAACCAUCAGAAGUGGAGGAGGUUCGCGAGCAGGUGACUGUGACUCAAGAAGUUACAGAGGAAGGUAAACCAAAGAAAACGAUCAAGAAGAAAGUUACCAGACGUAAAGGACCGCAGCAACAAGUGACGGAAGUUGUCACAGUCGAGGAAGAAGGAAAAGCUCCUGUGACAACGGUGACUGAAGGACUUGUUGAAGAAUUGAUUGAAGAUGUAAUAAAACCACUUCCUGCCCCAGAAUACGUGAAGCCAACUGAAGUUGAGGAAGUACGUGAACAAGUGACUGUCACUGAGGAAGUGACUGAGGAAGGUAAACCUAAGAAAGUUACCAAGAAAAAGAUCGUAAAACGCAAAGGACGAGAGCAACAAAUCACUGAAAAGGUGACUGUUGAGGAACAAGGCAAGAGACCUGUCACAACUGUCACUGAAGGUCCUGUUGAAGAAGUUGUUGAAGAGACAGUGAAAGCUCUUCCUGCUCCAGAACCUGCCAAACCAGGUGAAGUCGAAGAGGUUCGUGAACAGGUUACUGUUACGCGAGAAGUGACAGAAGAAGGAAAGCCUAAGAAAAUUACCAAGAAGAAGGUUGUCAAACGUAAAGGAAGAGAACAACAAGUAAUAGAAGUUGUCACUGUUGAAGAGCAAGGAAAGAAACCUGUCAGCACUGUCACUGAAGGUCCUGUCGAAGAAGUAGUUGAGGAAACAGUGAAAGCACUACCUGCUCCAGAACAUGUAGAACCAACAGAAGAAGAAGAAUCACCGGAAGAAAUAACAGUAACUGAGGUGGUUACGAAAGAAGGCAAACCGAAAAAAGUUGUUAAAAAGAAGGCUCCUAAAAAAGUUCCUCUACCUGAGGAAGAAAAAAUCGAGGCGCCUGAAGCUGCUGAAGUUCCGUUAGAGAAAGAUAAGAAGAAACCUGUCAAACUUCAACGUAUGAAAAUAACAAAAUUCGAAGCGACGAAACUCGAAGUUCAAGAGUUGUCCUUUGAUAAACCUCAGUUUGCUCAAAUCAAACUACGCAAGACUCCAACGGUGAAACGUCCAGUGGAGAAGAAAGAAAAGAUUCCUCGAGUUCUUCUUCGAAGUCGAAUCAUUCCUGUGGAAUGGCCACCGGCAAAGAAAUACUUGAAAAUCGAGGAGCUGGAGCCGAACGAAGUCCAAAAUGGUAUUUUGUCUCGAAACGUCGAAGAAGCAGAUAAAUUACCGAGACCAAAGAAGAAGAAGAUCAAACGCAUAGAAAAGGAGAUGUCCAAGCUUGAGAAGCUUGAUCAGGAGUUUGAGGAAUUGAAGAAAGAAUUACCAUUGGAGAAACUUGAAGAGCCACUACCUACAGAAAAGAAACCAGAGAAGAAAGUUAAAAAGAAGAAACCCGCUGAGGAAAUUAAAGGUGAGAAGCCUCAAUUAAUGAGGAUCAGUAUCAAAGAGCAAAAACCAACCAAACCUAAGAUCGAAGAACCAGCCACUCCUCUGUUCGCGCAAAUCAAGCUGAAGAAAGCUCCUGCCAAGCUGAAAAAGAAAGAGGACAAGGAUGAAAUCAAGUUCCCUAAGGUACUUUUACGAAGCCGUAUCGUAAAAUACGAAUGGCCACCGUCGAUUAAAUAUCCAGUUAUAACCGAACUCGAACCUAAUUACGUGCAAAGUGGUAUUCUAUCUCGUACCAUGGAAGAAGCACUGAAACUGAAGAAGAUAAAACACAAAAAGGUGAAACUUCCGGAAAAGGAGAUUACAGAAUUAGAGAAACUGGAUCAAGAGUUCGAGGAAUUGAAGAAAGUUCCAUUGGAGAAGGUCGAAGAAAUGGCACCGUACGAACGUAAACCAAAACCGGAGAAGCCUGAGGAAGAGAAGCCGAAGAAACUGAAGAUAGGCAAAGGAAAACCUCGACCCGCAGAAGAGGAAGAACCGGAGACAGUAAAGUUGAAAAAGAUACCAGAAAAAGUUCCGAGUGUUCCGGAGGAAGAGACUCCCGUUCCAAAGAAGAAAGAGGAGGAAGAGAAACCCAAGAGAGAGAAAGAAGAGAGAGAAUAUCCUGAAUUAAAACCGUUCGAACCGUACGAGGUAGAAGCACCGGAGGUUGAGCUGGAAGAAAUGGAGAAACCAGAGUAUCCUGAGCCAGAGAAGAAACCAUCGAAGAAGGUACCGAGCAAGAAACCAAAGAAAGAGCGUAAGACACCAGCUCAGGAAACCGAGGCUGUUCCGAUAGUACCUGGUGUACCAAAGCCAGAGGAACCCGAAGAAGAGGAAGAGAUCAAGAGAAGAAUUCCUGAAAGGGAAGCUCCGGACGAGGAGCCAGAGAAAAUUAAACUGAAACCAUGGAAGAAACCAGAAGAAGAGAAGGAAGAAGAGGAAAAGCCCGAGUAUUAUCUGAAAUUCGUUCCCAAAGAUGACGACGUUGUCGAAACUGUCGAGGUUGUUACGACCGUAAUUACGGAGGAAGAGACACCUGAAAAGAAACCGCGAAAGAUUAAAAAGAGGAAGACCACGACGAAACGUGGCGAUGAGAAACCGAAAGUUGUCGAAGAGACAACGGUAGAGGAAGAAGGCGUAGAGCCAGUCGUGACCGUCGAGGAAAUUGUCGAGGAUAAACCUGAAGAAGUUUUACCGAUAGAAUCGAUCGUGCCAACCGCGCCUGUCGAAGAGAUCAAAGAAGAGAUCGUAACGAGCGAGAUCGUGACCGAGGAAGGAACAAAGAGAACCGUGCGCAAAAAGCGUGUGACCAGGAAACGCGAAGGUAAAGAACAGGUCACCGAAGAGGUGACCGUGGAAGAGGAAGGUAAAGAACCAUUAAUAGCAACAAUAGAAAUCCACGAAGACACUACACCAGAAAUACACGAAAAACCAAAACACAAAAGACCAACAAAACCAAAAGCUGUCGAGAAAGUGACGGAAGAGGCCAGUGCCGGAUAAAGAUGAAGUUACGGAGGAAGUCGUGGAGGAGAUAACAAUCGAGAAACCGCAGGAAGAGGAAGCCCGACCGAUCGUAGAGGAAGUGGAAACUGUGACGAUUACCGAGCACGAUGUACGAAAAGCUCCGAAGAAGAAGAAGGAAGUGGUAAUCAAAGAGGAAGAGGAGAUCUUCGAAACGAUCGAGACACCCACCCAGAAAAUAAUCAGAAAGAAGAUUCGUCCGAUGAAGAGAGGAGAGAAAGACGAGGAGAUUGUGGUGGAGGAAAUAAUCCAGAAAACGGGAGAGGAAGUGACCAAAAUGGAGGAGCAACAAAUAGUCGAAGUUGUGGAGACACCCACUAAGAAAAUUGUGAAGAAGAAGAAAGCUGUAGUGAAAGACGACGGUGUUCCCGAGGAAAUCGUUGAAGAGAUCGUUAUCGAGAAGCCGCAGAAAGAGAAAGCGAAACCUAAAGUGGAAGAAGAAAAAGAAACGGUUACAGUAACGGAGGUUGAUUUGAAGAAAGCACCGAGGAAACCUGAGGAAGAAGUGGAAGAAGAAGAUGAGAUCAUUGAGACUAUCGAGACUCCAACGAAGAAAAUCGUUCGGAAGAAACCCAAAGACAAGAAGGAGAAGGUAGUGGAAGAAGUUAUAGAGAAGACUAUAGAGGAAGCGAAAGCUAUGGAAGAACGUGAAAUCGUAGAAAUAAUUGAAACGCCGACUAAGAAAAUUAUCAAGAAGAAGAAAGUUACUAUAACAGAAGGCAAAGCUCCUGAGGAAGAAGUCGAAGAGAUCGUGAUCGAAAAACCUGUGAAGGAGAAAGCCAAGAAGAGGAUUCUUCCGAAAGAAGGUUUAGAAAUCACUGAAAUUAUAAGUGAAACUUCUGUCGAGGAAUUGCUCGAAGAGAAGGUUGAGCCUGAAGAAGCCAAGCCCACGGAAGUGGAAGAAGAAAAGGCAGAAGUCACCCAAGUGGAAGUGAAGAAGGUACCGAAGAAAAAGAAGAAACCGUCAACAGCCGUCGAAGCAGAAGAGAAGGAGGAAGUUGUGGAAGAAGUAAAAGUCGAGGUGCCUAAAAAGGAGAAGGCAAAACCAACUGUUACGAAGAAAGAGGCUGUCGAAGUGACUGAGGUGAUUUCUGAACUGACUACGGAGGAAUUUCCAGAAGAGAUCAAACCUAAGAAGAAGGCUGUUGAGAUUAAAGAAACGGAAGAAAAGGUGAUCACGAAGAAGAUUAAAGUGAAGAAAGCACCGAAAGAAGGUGUACCUGAAACUGAAGAGCAACCGGAGGAAGAAGUAGAAGAACUUAUAACUGAAAAGCCGACGAAAACAAAAGCCAAGAAAGAGAUUACACCUCAGGAUGGUAUUAUAACUACCGAAGUUGUUCCUACAACUGCGGAAGAGGAACUAGAGUUAGAGAAACCGGAAGAAGAUAAGGCUAAAGUGAUUGAGGAAAGGGAAGAGAAAGCUAGAGUGGAAGAGAAGAAAAUAACCGUAAAGAAAGCUCCGAAAAAGAAAUUAACACCAAAAGAAGCUGAAGAAGAGCAAGUAGUGGAAAUUGUAGAAGAGAUUACGGAGGAAGAACCGAAGAAGAGAAAAGCUAAGAAAACUGUUCUUCCUAAGGAGGAAUUACAAACAACUGAGGUGGUUGCUGAGGUUACGACAGAGGAGAUAGAAGAGGAAAAGCCAAAGGAAGAGAAGGCUGCUCCUAAAGAGGAAGAAAAAGUUGAAGAAGAGGCAAAGGUUACUGAAGUUUCUGUGAAGAAGGUACCUAAAAAGAAAAAGAAGGAAGAAGUUGUAACGAAUGGUGAGGUGAUUGAAGAAAAACCAAAAGUAAAGGAAAUUCCUGAAAAGAAGCCUGAAGAAGAGGUGAAAGAAGAAGUGAAGGAAGAAAAGCCAGAGGAAAAGAAAGAAAAACCGAAGGAAGUGAAGGUGGAAGAAGAAAAGCCAGUAGAAGAGAAACCGGAAGAAGUAAAACCUGUGCGAGAAAAACCAGAAGAAAAGAAACCAGAGGAAGAGAAACCGAAAGAGAAACCAAAGAAAAAGAAAAUCCCAGAAAAGAAACCGACUGUUGCAGAAGAGGAACAACGCGAGGAGAAGAUAGAAGAAAUCCCGGAAGAGAAGCCAAAGAAGAUCAAGGCUAAGAAAGAAGUUGUUCCAAAAGAUACUGUUGAAACCACAGAAAUUGUCCCAGAAACCAUUGCCGAAGAAUUACCAACAAAGAAACCUGAGGAGCGCAAAGCAGUGCCGGUCGAGGAGAAACCGGAAGAAGAAGUCGUCAUAAAAGAAGUUCCUGUAGAAAAAGCUCCAGAAGAGAAAGAGGAAGCAGUACCAGAAGAAAAGCCGGAAGAAGUUCCAAAGGAGAAACCAAAGGAAGCCAAGGUUGUGAAGAAAAAGAAAAAGAAGGUGGUGAAGAAAGAUGAAAUCGAAGAAUGGGUUGAACCAGAAUACGAACGACCUGUACUGGAACCCAUGCCUGAGAAAAUCCAAUGGGAACCAAAGAAGAAGAAGGAGAAGAAACCUUUGCCAGAAUCAUUGCAAAAAUUGGUCCCUCAAAAGAUCGAAAGGAAAGAGAUCAAACCCACGAAGCUCAAAUAUUCAGAGCCAACAGAAACUGUCCAAUUCGCUGCGAUCAAAUUGAAGAAAGUGGCAGUCCCGAAGAAGAAAGAAGUCGAGGAAGCCAAAUUCCCGAAGAUCCUGUUGCGUAGCAGACUCACGUUCGUCGGUGACUACCCCCCAGAAAUACAGUACCCAAAGAUAACGGAACUUGAAGAAAAUCCGGUUCAAACGGGUAUUCUGUCUAGAAACGCCGAAGAAGCUCUGGAAGUGUUGAAGAGAAAAGUGAAGAAAGUUAAACUUCCUAAGAAAGAAAUUACAAAAUUGGAGAAAUUGGACCAAGAAUUUGAAGAAUUGAAGAAAGUACCUUUGGAGAAAUUGGAGGAUAAAUCGAUAUACGAACGUCCGCCGAAGAAACCUGCGGAGAAACCUGAAGAGCCACAGAAGUUGGUGGUUGGUAAAGGCAAGGUGCCCGAAGAGGAAAAGGUGGAACCUGAGAAGGUCAAAUUAAAGAAGAUUCCUGAAAAGAAACCGGAGGAGGUUGAAGAGCCAUUGAAAAAACCACCCAAACCAGAACCUGAAGAAGAAAUUAAACCAGAAAAGAAGGAAAAGCCGAAGGUGAAAUUAGAACACGACGAGUUGAAGCCUUUGGACUUCGACAGACCAGAGCUGGAGAAAUAUGAGCCCGAGAAAUACGAAGAACCGGAAAAACCAGCGCCAGAGCCAGUUCCAAAACCGUAUGAACGAGAGCCGAAGAAGAAACCAGAUCAAGAGAUUGAACAGAUUCCAUUGAUAAAGGGAGAACCGAAACCACCAGAACCUGAUGAAGAGCCUGAAGUUAAAUUUAGAAUACCUCAGAAAGAAAAACCAGAAGAAGAGCCGGAGAAGAUAACGUUGAAGGGCUGGAAAAAGGAUAAACCUGAAGAUGAAGGAGUAAAAGAGUUCCCGGCAAAGGAAGAAGAAGAAGCUCCUAAAGUACCGAAAGAAGAACCUGAAGAAAUCACUGUGAAGCGUAAAGCUAAACCAAAGAAACCCAAGGAGAAAGCUCCUGAGGAAGAAGAAGUAACGCUGAAGAAACCGGAAGAGGAGAAACCAGAAGAAGUACCAGAAGUAAUUGAGGAAAUUACUUUGAAAGAGAAACCAGAGAAACCUGUUGAAGAAGCACCCGCCGAAGUUACGAUUAAGAAACCAGUUGUGGAAGAGAAAGUAGUGGAAGAAGAAGAGAUAGUGACAGAGGUAACCUUAAAGAAGAAACCUGAAGAAGUAGUUGAAGAAGCAGUUGUGAAAAAGUCAAAGAAAAAGAAACCUGCGAAAGAGGAAGAAGCUGCUGAAAUUACGAUCACAAAGAAAGAAGAGGUGGUUGAAGAGGUUAAAGAAGAAGUAAUUAUAAAAAAGAAACCAAAAGAGAAACCGGUCCCUGAGGAAAUAGCAGAAGAAGUUACUUUGGAGAAACCGAAAGAGAAAGAACCUGAGGAAAUAGCAGAAGAAAUUAAGGUACCUAAAAAGAAGAAGCCUGCUAAAGAAGAAGCCGCUGAUGAAGUUACCGUUAAGAAACCAGUUGUGGAAGAGAAAAAGGAAGAAGAAGUUCUUGAACAGGUGACGAUAAAGAAAAAGAAACCAAAGGAGAAGCCUGUUCCAGAAGAAGUGAAGGAGGAAGUCACGUUGAAGAAACCAGUGCCUAAGGAAGAGGAGAAGGUACCUGAAGAAGUAACUGAGGAAGUAGAAAUCAAAAAGCCAAAAGAAAAGAAACCGGUCAAGGAAGAAGCUGCCGAUGAAAUUACUAUUAAGAAACCGGUGCCUGUGGAGAAGGAAGAAGAGGAAAUUGUAGAAGAAGUGACUUUGAAGAAGAAGAAACCCAAAGAAAAACCGGUUCCCGAGGAAGUAACCGAAGAAGUUACUCUGAAACCAGUUCCAAAGGAAGAAGAGAAAGCACCGGAAGAGAUAACUGAAAAGGUGGAGAUAAAGAAACCAAAGAAGAAGAAACCUGUCGAGGAAGAGGCUGCUGAAGAAAUCACUAUCAAGAAACCAGUUCUUGUAGAAGAGAAAGAGGAAGAAAUUAUAGAAGAAGUAACGUUGAAGAAAAAGAAACCGAAAGAAAAACCGGUUCCAGAAGAAGUGACUGAAGAAGUCACGUUGAAACCAGUUCCAAAGGAAGAAGAGAAAGCACCAGAGGAAGUAACAGAAAAG